CUGGGGGUAGCUAGCAGCAGGGUCCUACAAGAAAAAGAGGGAGAGGGAGAGAGAGAGAAAGAGUGGGCGAUUGUCGCUCGAUGCCGCCCUGGCGCCGUCAGCUGCAGCGCUGAACCCGGCGAGACCUCCGCGAGGAUGAGCGACGUGCGCUGGACGACGGGCAGAUAAAUCGGUGUCUUACAACUAAGCAAUGAGCUUCUUGCGGAUGUGAUCGGAUGGGACAACGUGGAAAAAUUAAGAGGGAGAACUUUAGACUGCUGAAGGCUUAUUCCUUUGGUCUUCGACUAGGCACGUUCCUAAAUCACGUUCAUCGACCGCAGAGAAGUUUGACCUGGUUGUGGUUGGAGUUGUUGCGGCGCCAAGCAUGGCGAGGAGCAACGACAAUGGUUGCGGACGUGGUUCCAAGCACACCGUCCGCCGCUGUGAUGUCGCCGUCGUAUCACGUGGGAAGGCAACGUCCCAGCAACGCGAAUCGAUUGGCGUCGUUAACGGAGGUAGCGUCCAGCAACGUAACAACGAUGACUGCACCGAGAACAGCAACGGCACCGCCACCGGCAUCGCCGCCAGCAAUCACAGUCAAAUAGAAAAAGACGAGAGGGUGAAUGCAUCACGCAGGAUGAAUUCGUGUGCGCUCUACUUUUCCCAGCUGCGGGCGAUGCUCGUGAGGAAUCUUCUGCUGAAGAAACGCGACACGCGGAAGACGUUUAUGGAGGUCGUUCUACCCCUCUUUAUCCUCGGGGCCUUGAUCGUGGUGAAGGUCAUGAUACCCAAUCCAAACUUUCCCGCGAUUACGACACAGAGGCACGAAGGGAAUGUAUUCGAAUUAUUCAAUGGCUACAAAAAUAAUACGAUCGCCGUGGUGCCCAAUUCUACGGAAACCCUCACCUUCUUAAGCUCCAUGAAUACCCUCUGGCUCUCUUUAUGGGAUUAUCCCGGUAAGCUUCCCUUAAACUUCAUGGUGUUUGACACGAAGGAUGAUCUGCAAGCAGCGUAUUGGAGAGAUCCUUACAGCAUACCUCUGGCAGUUAUCUUCGAGGACCCCCAACCGAUAUCACAGCGACUUAUAUAUGAAAUUAGGACGAAUCCUUCAUACACUUUGCCGCCACCGCCAACCAAAUUGUAUUCUGCUCCGAUCAGUUGUCGAAAGAAUAAAACUGGUCACUGGAUGGACGACAUUUUAUCGAUAAAAACCGGUGAAUCUUGUCCCGUUAACAAUUACUUGCAUUCUGGCUUCUUGGCUCUGCAAAUGAUAACGGAUAUCACAAAGAUAAAAUUGGAAAAUUCUGACGUGACAAUACCGGAUAUUAAACUCAUAAUGUUUCCUAAAGAGCCGUAUACCGCUGACUGGAUGCUGGCCUUCAGAGUUGUUAUUCCGCUUUACAUGGUCUUGGCUCUCUCGCAAUUUAUCACUUAUCUUCUGAUCCUAAUAGUUGGCGAGAAGGAAAAUAAGAUUAAAGAGGGAAUGAAGAUGAUGGGCUUAAAUGAUUCUGUGUUUUGGUUGUCUUGGUUCAUCAUCUACAGCAUUUUCGUCUUUUUGCUCUCUGCCGUUGGAGUAGUAUUGCUCUUCACCCUGCAAAUGUUUCAACACACACAUUUUCUGCCGAUAUUUCUUUUAGUGGUUCUGUACAGUUUCUCCGUGAUUAUGUUCGCCUUUAUGAUCACACCAUUCUUCGAUAAGUCGCGCACGGCUGGCGUUUUAGGAAACUUUGCUGUCACGAUAUUGAGCUUGAUGUACUUCAUCCAAGUAUUUGUGAGUGAUUCCAGCUCAGUUACGUAUUGGUUGGUUUCUCUGAUGAGCCCAACCGCAGUCGCUUUAGCGAUGGAUAAGGCUCUGGUGUUGGAUCUGCAAGGCGAGGGAGUGAAUUUUGACAACCUCUGGUCUGGUCCAGGGAUACCUUUCGGUGGCAGUCUUAUCAUGAUGAGUCUAGAUAUCAUUCUGUACGGCUAUCUGGCCUAUUAUCUUGACUCCGUGAUACCAAGUGAGCAUGGAACAAAGAAACCACCUUGGUUUUGCUUCUUACCUGGAUUUUGGUGUAAAAAAAAGGUUCAAAGGGUGCCGUCGUCGAAUGGCGAAUCGAAUUCGUUCGUUCCGGGCGAGGAGGCGAAUCGCGAUGUGGAGCCGGUGGUGCGCGAGAUGAAAGGCCGCGAAGCGAUCAGAAUAGCCGAUCUUUACAAAUCGUUCCACAAGUGCAAGCGUCCAGAGAUCAAGGCGGUGAACGGCAUCAAUCUAACUAUUUACGAAGGUCAGAUUACCGCCAUCCUCGGUCACAACGGCGCCGGCAAGACUACCCUUUUCAACAUUCUCACGGGCCUGACCGCACCUACAUCUGGUACCGCCCUCAUAUUCGGUUAUGAUGUGCGCGAUUCCAACGAUAUGCGAGCAAUACGGAGCAUGACGGGGAUCUGCCCGCAACAUGACAUCCUAUUCGACCUGUUGACACCGCGCGAGCACCUCGAGUUCUUCGCCGCGGUACGUGGCAUUCCACGUCCGAUGAUACGACAUGAGGUGAAGAAAACUCUGAAAGAUAUCGAUCUAGUCGAAAAGGCGGACACCUUCGCCCGAUACCUAAGUGGUGGACAGAAAAGGAAGUUGUCUGUGGGAAUUGCUAUCAUCGGCGAUCCCAAAAUCAUUAUCCUCGAUGAGCCUACCGCCGGGGUGGAUCCUUAUUCAAGGAGACAGUUGUGGUCCCUCCUGCAGUCAAGGCGGCAUGGAAAAGUAAUUCUGUUGACGACUCACUUCAUGGACGAGGCAGACAUACUCGCUGAUAGAAAGGCAGUAAUCAGCAGGGGAAAACUCAGGUGUUGCGGAAGCUCCCUGUUUUUAAAGAACAAAUUCGGCAUUGGAUACCAUUUAACAUUAGUCUUAGAGGGUAAUGCCAGAGAACACGCUAUCAGUCGGUUAGUAAUGUCACACGUGAGCAAAGCGGAGAAGGCGAGACGUCAUGGUCGGGAAUUGAGCUUUAUUCUACCUCACAACUCAGUGGAGAACUUUGCGCCCCUUUUCUCUGCCAUCGAACACGAGAUCAAGACUCGUUCAAGCAGGCUCGGCAUCAGUAGCUAUGGCGUGUCAAUGACCACCCUAGAAGAGGUGUUCCUGCAUCUGGAAAAAGAUGAGGAAACCGAGUGCACAAUGGACAAUUUGUCGAAAAAGAUGGUGCGUAAUCGCGCGCUAAGCCGAUCGCUUUCGUUGCAGUCUAAGAGCACAUCAUAUCAGAGCUUGCAGAACGAAGGGGUAACCGUACAGAACGAUGGUCAAGGAAAAGCAAACGAUUUGCCGGACGGCGUCCAUAAUGAUCGGAAUCCACCUGUGCUCGGUCUCGGCCUAGAUCCCAUCAAGAUUCGGCCUAAUUUCUGUCAAACUCUUUACGCUAUGUUACGUAUAAGAGUGCUCAGACUCAUCAGAAACCUUCAACUACUGUACUUCACAAUCAUCAUGCCACUUGCUCUGAUAGUGCUUGGUCUCUACCUGAACAGCAUCGGGACGGUUGAGGUCAAGAUGGAGUCGCUAAAACUUAAUAGCCAUACAUACAACGAAACCGGGAUCCUUUACCUGAAUAAUACCGAUCACGACGUUACCCAGUUGGUAGACAGCGUAUCUCAAGACGCGAAGCACAUCGAAGAAUACGAUGGCAAUUUCGCAAAUUUAAUGAAUAUCGCGCCGCAUAUAGCCGCUUUCAACAUUAACGAUUAUAAUUUGAAACCUCCGCGACUCAACCUGACUGUCACAUACAACGAUACGAUGCAGCAUUCCCUUCCGAUAUUGAUAAACAUUCUUUCGAACGCUUAUUAUAGAUUGAUCUUGGGCAAGAACGAAGUCUAUACGCCGAUCGAAGUCUAUACACACCCCUUUCAACAAACUUCGCAACCCCAACAAUUUAAUGUCGGCACGGCCAGUUGUGCUCUCCUUCUUGGCAUGGUUUUCAUUUUAUUACCGAUUACUUUAGCGGUAGACAUGGUUUACGAUCGCGAGAUCAAAGCGAAGAAUCAGCUUCGCGUGAAUGGCCUGUCGUUCUCCAUGUAUUUUCUUAGCUACUUCAUUGUGCUACUCGGCCUGAUGACUUUCAUCUGUCUGUGCAUCCUCGGCAUCAUAUUCCUCUUCGAUGUGCCUUCGCUACGGGAAAUACCAGCCAUCAUCACCCUUGGCAUUCUCAUCAUGCUCUACUGCCCAUCGUCUAUCCUUUUCUCUACAUGUCUCAGUUACAUCUUCGACAAGGUGGACUCCGCGCAAAGCAUGUUACCGAACAUCGCAACCUUCUUCGGGUUGCUACCGUUCGUAUUCGUCAUGAUCCUCGAUAUGAAAGGACUCGGUGGGUCAGCUUCGUUCGCGUUGCACGUGGCCUUUUCCCUAUUGAACAGCAUGUACGUGCCAUAUGCGGCGGUGUACUACGUGGAUCGCGUUCAUUUGAUGUGUUCCAUCAACGCCGCCUGCCACUAUCUUGCCAUGUCUGAUUACUUCACCAUGGAGAUCAUGUCGCUGGCUUUUGGUGCGCUGCUGCAAUGUCCGAUUUGGUUCUUCGUGCUGCUCCUGCUAGACAUCAACAAGAGUGGUGGCAACGUCAGCGAUAUGUUUAAACACUACUUUCUGCAUGAUGGUGAUUCCAUUCGUGAAGAAAUUAUGGAAAAUUCAGAUAUCGGCGAACACGAGGACACGGAUGUGAAAGGCGAGCGACAGAAGGUUUUCAAUUUUGUCGUUUCACCAGCCCUCGGUCAAGAGCCGCCGCUAGUAUUACUUCAAAAUCUCCGAAAGGAGUACCGACCAAAAGAGUCAGGCUGCUCAUGCUGCUGCUCAAAGCGCGAGGACGAGCGGAACAUCGCUGUGCGAAAUCUCUCACUAGCGGUGGAACCGGGCGAAGUUCUCGGCUUAUUGGGCCACAACGGCGCCGGUAAGACCACGACGAUGAAGAUCAUCAUCGCUGAAGAGGCACCGACGAAGGGCAGGGUGCAGAUCAGCGGCCUCAACAUCAACACCCACAUGACGGAGGCUUUCCGCCAGAUGGGUUACUGUCCCCAGCACGACGCUCAAUGGAAGAACAUUACCGUAAGAGAGCAUCUGGAAUGCUACGCCGCGAUUCGCGGGGUUCCAUGGAGUGAAGUCGAUAGAAUCGUGGAUCUGUAUUUGUCCGGUCUGCAGAUUCAUGAACACGCCGACAAGCAAAGCCAAGAAUGUUCCGGUGGAACUAAAAGAAAACUUAGUUUUGCAAUGGCAAUGGUCGGUGGACCCAAAGUGAUUCUCAUGGAUGAACCAAGCACAGGCAUGGAUCCUAGGUCGAAAAGAUUCCUAUGGGAUACGAUUCUCGCUAGUUUCCAGGGUGGUAGGGGUGUUAUAUUAACUACUCACUCCAUGGAGGAAGCCGACGCGCUAUGUUCAAGAGUCGGCAUAAUGGUGAAGGGACAACUGAGAUGCAUCGGUUCGACUCAGCAUUUAAAGAAUCUUUACGGUGCUGGCUACACCCUAGAGAUGAAGCUGCUGGGCGGCGACUGCACGCCGACGACUCCUUCUGGCGACAGGAUCGCCGGCUUAAAGGAAUUCGUCGCCGGCCUCUUCCCCGACGCCACUCUGGAGGAGAGCUUCGCCGACCGACUAGUCUUUGCCGUGCCCCAACACGCUGUGAACUCGCUGGCUGAGUGCUUCACACAAUUGGAGAAAGCCAAGCUUGAACUGGAUAUAGAAGAAUACAGCUUUAGUCAAACUACUCUGGAACAGGUGUUCCUUAAGUUCUCGCAUUAGAGCACUUCUACACGACGAUGUACCGUCGUUACGUGAUAAUCGGUGAUAAACUCGCGAUUAGUGCGCGGAACUGUUCGUCUGUGCACGACCAUGUGAAGAAGAAAAAAAUGUGCUCGAAUAUGACAUGUUUUUAAUUGCUUGGUUUCCGGAAUUUGUGAACCAAUUUCCAUUAUUCUCACUAACGAAUUAUAUGAUUACACCAAUGACAAUGUGAUGAAAUGUGUCAUUUUGUUACAAGGCGUGUCGUAGGAAAUGGAAAUGGCGAACAUAAUGGUUAUCUAAUAAUUAUAGUAUUGUAUAACAAAGGAAUAUCAAAGAGACACAUCUCGUCUUGUGCCUUCAAAUCUUUGGAGGAACAAUGAAGAAAUGGAAAGAAUGAUGGGAUAAGAAGAGUUUAUAUAGAUAGUUUUAAUUUUAUUUCAAAGUGUUGCAUCAAGGUAACAAUCUGUUUGGGAGCUGGAUAAGAAAAUGAUAAAUAAGGAAGGAGUAUGAUGAAAAAGAAGAAUAAUUAUCCAAAAAUCGUAGUGUUUAAGAUGAAGAAUUAUUUAAUUGUUCCAAAGUAUUGAAAAAGCAAUUAGGAAAUUUAUAGAACAAUAAAGGAACAAUUAGACAGGAACGGUGUGUUGCGUUUAAAAAAAAUAUAAGUUAGAUUAAUUUAGACUGUUAAAGCAAGAAUAAAGAAAAUGUGGAGGGAUAGCUAAACAAUUGUCUCAUCAUUAUGCGUUCGACAGCAGUAUUAAUACGACAGAAACCUAGGGAAGAUAAAAUGGUGAACAGAGAUAGAUAGUUAUAUCAAAACCUAGAUUUGAGGGAGUAUUAAAGUAAUUAGUCGCUUUGUAGCUCCAAACUGACAGAAUGAUGAGGGACGAAAGAACUACAAGGGAACACCCACACAAGUUAUAGCCACUAGUCCUAGUAUGCAAUUUCGAAAGAGUAUUAAGUCACAAAUCGUCUUGCAGCUUUAGAAAAAGAAGAAAUGUCGAAGAAAUGGUAUAAUAAAAUGAAACUUGAGAGAAAUAUUAACGAGAUUAAAGGAGAACUACGGAAAAAAGAUAGAGAAUUUAACAAUUGCUGUGACAAAAAUUGUCUCGUCAUUGGAAAAUUAGGGAUGAUAAAGGACGGGAGGAUAGUCCAUUAGUACUAGUGUGAACAUACUUUGAGAAACAUCGGGGACAAAUCAGUUCAAGUCGAAGAAAUGACUGGAGGACGGUGGAACGUGAAGUUAACCCUUCAAGAUGGUGCUUCAAAGAAGGUGUCGAAACGACAAGCCGCCUUCGAAUUAUCGGAGGAACGACGAUCGAUAGAAUCGUGGGACAGUUAGGAACAAAUAGUAAUCUAAUAAUAGUAUCUUUCCUUUAGACUUUAGGAGAACGUCAAGGUCACAGGGUGGAUGAGGGAGAGACGUUGACGGUGGUGUUACUGUUCGUGCUAGUGAACGAGCGCAAUCGUCCUUCGCGAAAAAAGACUCUCUCAAAGUUUUGUGUAUUUAUUCUAUAAAUAGUCGUGGAGAUACAUACCGUGGGAGUAUAGCUGCGAUUUUUUAGCACAAGCUCCCUUUUAAGUGAUGGAGCGUCGUCGUUCCCAAAGCUGGGCUUUACGCUCGAUAUUUUCCCCAUAAAGUUUUUAUCUGACGUCUCUGUCUCUCUCAUCGGCAUUGUUUCAUCUGUUAUAACGUCGCGUCCGAGAGGUAAAUCCCUCCGCUGUCGGAGAUCAGCGUCCGAGGGUGAAUGUCGGGUGUUAGCGCAGCGAUGCGCAAAGAGUGGACGUCCUCGUGGCGUAGAAUCGAAAUUACGUACUGAUAGUUCACUUCGUAUUUGAAAACUUAUUGAUAAUAGAUCUCGUACCGAUAUUGCACUGGAAUUGGAGCGCAUGUCCCGGCAUUGUUCUCGGGCAGGACGGCUCGUUAACAGUAGCCGCAAAUCGAUAGACUGGCUCGAGAAGAUGGCAACCCGCGAGACUUCAGCCUUCGGCUGACCACAAUCCUGGAAAAAGCCUUUAUAUCGUGACCACACACAUGUCAGUAAACCAUGUUAGGUUUGUUAUUUACAAUUAGUAUAAUACUAUUUUACCUGCAAUCUUGCGCGAUUAUUGACUGCAGAAAAUAGGUAAUACAAAAAAGACUUGAUGGAAAUUUAUAAAUUGAAAUUCAAAGGUUUCUUUAAUCAUUUUAUUUUUUCUUUACAUUUCGAUUCUUAGAUAUUUUUAUCUAUUUAUUUUUUUUUUACAUGAAAUAUGGAAUUAAAUGAUUUAAUCCCUUAAUAAGGUUUAAGGUAUUUAUUUUUAUCAAAUAUUAUUUCAAAAUAAAUCUCUGGCGCAUAUUUAUAUAUAUAACACUAGAUUCUACAUUAACAAUUUAUUUCAGAAAAAAAUGAUUAUUUCUCUAUUACUUGCAAGAAAUACAGUAUAAUACAAAGAUAUUAAAAUUAGAAAUAGAUAAUAAGAACCAAUUUAAAUUCAAAUCAUUUUUGUACAAAUUCUUGAUUUAAAAAAUUAAAAGCCUGAUUUUACGAAAUAAACAUCUGUUGGGUUUCUCAUCCUACUUUCUGCAUUCUACAAUUGCAAAAGAAACGGAGUGUGAUAAAUAAUUUCUAAGUAAUUUCUGAGAAUAGGAUUUGUAAAAAAUCGAAUUUUUCGAAUUGCCACUUUUUGAGCCGAGCCAUCGAAGCGGCGUCGACGUGAGUCCUAUCGAGCCGUGCUGGAUGCAUCGAGUUACGAGGAGUGUUCGAGAAGUAGUUUUUAUCGCGGCAUAUAAUUGCCGCUAAUGUACUGAUUACUUGAAUUUUUCAGCCGAGAAGCUUUUUAGGCGAAUUUUCGGAUUUUGAGCACGACGCAACGUGAUACGGCAUUUCGACAUUUAAUAUUUGUGCUUACUAUAAUUUCCGGGAAAUUAAGAAAAAUGCUUCCUGGAAGACAUGAAUGGGACACAGGGAGUGAAAAGUCAUCAUGAAAAGACAUCAUCCAACGGUUUGCAUUUAACGAACGAAAGAUUGAAUUAAGAGAAAUGUUGCGCAGCCAGCUCACUUUUUGUCAACCAACGCUGCGACAUUCCACUGUGAUUGGCAUAUCGGGCGAUGUUUUAUUCUCUUUUAAUAAGCGAGGAGAUUAACGUGCCUUGAGUUCAGUAUAUAUACAUAUAUAUAUAUACGCGCAACUCGCGAAGAAGUCGAGAAACGUAAUUGUCACGCUGCUCAUAGAGUGAAGUGCGAUUGUUCCUGAGAGCUACGAAAGUACCGUAGCGAUCUCUUCUGUCCUGUUACUUUCUUUCUUCCGACUUCCUCUAGCGCGAUCGUUUUCCGAAAUACCUCCACGAAGCGUCGCAUUAUUUCUCGAACACCUCUCGCAUUUUCUACACACGUAAUUAAGAGUAUUCCUGCAGGAAGAGCCGUCUUAAAAAGAAAAAAAAAUGCAAGGAUGACACGGCUUAUAAAUCUCGUGCGUAACAACUAGAACGUUUUUCUUGUGUGAUAACAAUCGUAUGGACACUCUUUACCGUCAAACAUCGAUUAAACAAUACAGCGAACGAUUCCGAGAGAAAAGCAGUUGAAGAUACUGUUAAUAUCGUAGGUUUAACUCUUUGCACACGGCAAUCCUGUUUUACACGUCAUUAUUCUUCUCGAUAAAAGGAUUUUGUAAAAAAAAAAUUUGAAAAAUAAAAUUUAGUUAAUAAAAAAAAUAAGUACUUUCUUCUCUUCUCUGAAUAAUUAAAUGUUUCAUAAAUGUAUAUAUAUGUAAUAUAUAUAUGUAAUUUUAUUAUUUUACAUAUAUAAAUUUUAUCCAAAUUCAUGAUACAUUUCUUCAAAAUUGAUCUUGUAUCAUUAUUCGAGUGUAAAGAGUUAAGUCAGUUUUCUGUCGAGAAUAAUUUCGCACACUUUAGUCAACAUAACGGAGGGUGAACUAAUCAACACUAAGCAAUAUAUACGAAAAACUGAAAUAAGUACGAGUAUGUAAUUAAAGGCAUGAAUGGUAAAGGGCGUCAAUUAAAACGCGAUCGAUCGUUUGAUCGAAUCAGAAAAAUAUCUUAGUCCCUUCCAUAAACAAAAAAAAAAAAAUUAUUUGUGAGAUGUACCCAAAUUGAUUUAUAUAUUGUUUACAAAUAUAUGUUGUACAGACUAUCCCAAGUUCACUGUUCUUUUUUCUCCUUUGCGACAUUCAACAGUAUAUUUAUCAAAAAUUUUUGGUUUAAUUUUUUUUAAGCAAAAAACAUUGUUGGUCUUUUCCUUUAAUUUUGCGUCUUGUAACAUCUUUACUUGCCGAAGAGAAAAGUUUGAACUUUUUUAGAAUAUGUCUAAUCUAACAGAAAAGCUUUAAAAAAAAUUGAUCUUUUUGCAUGUCUAUUUACGUGUUUUUCGUAAAAAGAGAGAAAAAGAGAUGUACAGUGAAUUUGGAAUAGCUUGUAUAUAAACGUUAUUGAUAAUUGUCUCAGCAUAGAGUAAUUUCCCUAGCAAGGGAAAGCAUUCCCACAACGUGUAUAUAAACUUUCUUGGUCCUAUAAAAAAAAAAGAAAAAAGAAAAAAUGCUUUUUAUACAGAUAUCAUUCACCGAGAGUUUAGAUGCUUGCUUUUAUUCAUUUACAUUUAUAAAAACUCAAGAUAAUAAAUAUUCUUAUUAUGCAAUUUUUCAAGUAACAGUCGAACUGAAUAAACUUUAUCUAACUAAAAUGAUCAACUUGUCCCUCUGUCACAAGAUAGUAUCUAAAUUUACAUGUGAUCAAAUAUUUAUUGCAAAAUUUUUAAUAUUUUGUCUCUAUUUGCGUUACUUUUAUUAUAUUUCUAUUUCGUAGAAAUACAAAGAUAAAUAGAACGUAAGAAUCAUUUUUCAAUUAAUUUUUAAUUAAUACAAUGUUCCAAGUAUGUUUUAUAAUAUUUACAAGUAGAAAUUAAGUUCUUAUUAGAUCUCUGUCAAGAAUAACGAUCAUUUAUUUAAAGUAUUUAUAAUUUUCUGUGAUUGUUGAAAUGCUUAAUUUUUACUUUGAUCGCCUAUUUCACAGUUGAAGCGAUGCUGGCAUCGUCUGUUUUAUCGACAAAAAUACUUCGUAUUGUUUUUAUAGAAUAAUACAUUUCUUUUAUACAAUUAAAAUUGUACACGUGAUCAUGUAUACGGAUCUAUUUUUUGCCAAAAUCAGAAAAAAAUUAUAAUUUCUUUGGACUUACUUCAUUGUGACGACCAAAGCUGUCAAUUCCCCCCAAACAUUUAUUUCGUGGAAAAGUUAUGCAAGUUAUAUGUGCAAAAUAAAGACAAAGCCAAGUGUAAAAUAAAUAAAUGAAUAAUAUUAACUCGUUAGAAUUAAGUUUAGAAGCCUAAUUUAAAAGAAUAUAAAUGUUUGAUAAAUUGUGUAUGUGAGAUGUAGUAAUAUAUGUAGGAAUCUAUUGAUGUUUCGUAAAUUGUAUGUAAAUCGUACGUAUGUAAGUCGAAUUUAAUCGGUAAAAGUGACUAUGCCAGCAUUCCCUUGAUAUAAAUACGUAAAAAUUUGACAAGUUGUUAUUAGUUUUAAAGCACAAUUUAUUGCUGUUAUUUAUUAUUUAUUGUUUAGUAAAUUAUUGUUGUAAUUAAUUUUUUUAAUCCUUCAAAUUAUGUCACUGUUCAAUGAAUGAUCGCAUCUAAUGUAACGAAUACGUAUCUAGAAAACGUAAUUCGCAUGCAAAGCUUUGCGUGCAACAAUUUUACGUUUAAUCAUAAAAGGACGAAGUAUCAUGUGAUUGAAAAGCUUCUGUUAAAUCGGAAUUAUAUCCCUGCGAAAAAUAGAUUUAAAAAAAUUAAUACAAAUUUAGCCUGUAAAAUCGAAUUCUUGAUUUUCAGAAAUCAGCAAUGUAUUUACAAAGUGUUUACUGUUACUCGAGUUCCUUUCUAUUCUAUUUACUGCAACAUCAUUUCGCAUUUCUUACAAACAAUUGGAUUCAUAAUAAUCUGUUUUAUUUCUUUCUCUAGUGUACAAAAGCAUUUUAGUUCCUAUAAACAGCUAUUUAUAAAUUCGUUCAUAGAACUGUUGAAAAAAAAGGACAGAAUAAAUUGGAUCAUUUUCAAAUAGAUGCCUGAUUUCGAACCUCAGGAAGUCGUAAUUCCACAGAAUAAAUUCCUGUCAACAUUUUAUUUUUAGUUUACUGUUUUCUUACAAGAACUGCACUAGAUAUACGUAUUUCUAUACUAGCUAUACCUCGAUGAAGUUUUACUCAAUAUACACGUAUAAUAAACGUCGGAAAAAAUGCCUGUCCAUAGUAUUUCUCGAAUGGCCGUUGUGUCUCCGUAUCAAAACCAACGGCGGCUUUCCGCGAAAGGUAACUUUGUAAAAAAAAAAAAGACAUAAUUUAGGUCGAACUAGGCUCUUCUCGUUGAUACUUUCAAGCUUAUGUAGAACUGUUUCUUAGGAUUUUCAACAAAUUUCGUAAGAUAGAAUAAAAUCCGAAAGAAUUUCAUACGACAAA